UGGUUCCGCAGCCGCUUCACCGUCCUCAGCGAGAGCGCUGCCAAGAACACCGACGCCGUCCGCGCCGCCAAGGACGAGGUGUCCGAGAGCCGCCGCCUGCUCAAGGCCAAGACGCUGGAGAUCGAGGCCACCCGCGGCAUGAACGAGGCGCUGGAGAAGCAGCUGCAGGAGCUGGAAGAGAAGCAGAGCGCAGACAUCUCCGCCCUGCAGGAUACGAUCAACAAAUUGGAGAACGAGCUGAGAACCACGAAGAGUGAAAUGGCUCGGUACUUGAAGGAAUACCAGGAUCUGCUCAAUGUGAAAAUGGCCCUGGACAUCGAAAUUGCAGCAUAUAGGAAACUGCUGGAAGGUGAAGAGACCCGACUCAGUUUCACUAGUGUUGGAAGCAUCACCAGUGGCUACACCCAGACUGCCCCGACUUUUGGCAGGUCUGCCUACAGUGGCCUCCAAUCCAGCUCCUACUUGAUGACAACCCGUUCCUUCCCCACAUACUACUCUAGUCAUGUCCAGGAAGAGCAGAUUGAAAUAGAGGAAACAAUUGAAUCUGCUAAAGCGGGAGAAGCCAAGGCAGCCCCUCCAGAAGAAGGUGAGGAGGAAGAGAAAGAGGAAGGUGAGGAAGAAGCAGGAGGUGAAGAGGCUGAAGAGGAGGAGGAAGGUGCUAAGGAAGAAUCUGAAGAAGCCAAAGAGGGUGAGGAAGAGGAAGGAGAAGAAACAGCAGCUGAAGAAGGGGAGGAGUCUCAGGAAACUGCUGAGGAAACUGGUGAGGAGGAGAAGGAAGAGAAAGAAGCAGCAGGAAAGGAAGAGAGUGAAGUGAAGAAGAAGGCUUGAUUUUUAGGCAGUCUGGCUUUCCUCAGGUCAACAGAAUAAACAAUGAUUGACUGAGCUAAAAUUGCAGUCUCACAUAUUUAAUUCAGUGACCACUGAGGUUUAAAGUUAAUGAUCUAUGAUGUUUCUCUCUGUGCAGAGUAUGAGUAUGCUUGCAGAGCACCCACUGGCUUGCUCCCUGAAUGCCGCAUGGUCUAGACGUAUGAAUUCAGGGGUUAUGUCUUUCUUGGGUGAUUCAGAACCUUAACAAUUAAAAUGGGGGGAAAAAAUAAGUCAUGGGAAUGAAGGUUAUCUUUAACUUGCAUUUAAAAUAAUUAUGGAAACCUUGGGUGGGUAUAAUAAUGGAGGCUUCAAUAAGUAUGUGCAAUAAAGCUAGUCAAUAAAGUUACAGAAAUGCUUACACAGA